GUAUGCGACGGUCCAAGACCACCCGUCUGCGGGUGCUGCGGCCAGGGCCCUGCCAGAGACGAGCCGCAGGACUCUGAAGGGGAGUAGUAGCCCGCCCCAGCGAGAGAGCCCCCCGCAGGACUUGGCGCCUUAGGUUCCCCCCCCUUCCUUCUUUGUGUUUAGGGUUCCCCCGUCCCCCGAUUCUUUUCCCUGUUCGUUCGCUGGUUCGGCCGGGUGCUCCCGUUCGCCGCGGAAACUUGCUUGCCUCCCUUGAUCCCUCCGCCGCCAGCACUCGGGCUCCAUCUUCAGGCCAUCCUCCGGGGCCUCGCUUCCCGCCGCCGCUCCUGCUGCUGCUGCUUCUGUUGCUUGCAUCGGCUACUGGUACUCAGUGCGCGUGAGCGUGCGUGGCCCGCUCUUUCCUCUCCCCCCUAAGUUGCCUUCUGUUUGCGUUGUGCGUCCGUCAAUCUCGGUCGUUGGUUCCGUUGCCCCGGUCCCGUAGGCUCGUCACCCGAGCAGCGGCCUGUCCCGUCGUCCGGCGGGCACACGCAUCGACCCCGUCUCUCGCCUGCGCCUCGCUUGGAAGCCCGAGAGCAGCUCACUCCCCGCUUUCGCCGCACCGCUUUUCGCCUGGGUUCGUAUGCUGUUCGGUUCCUUGCGUUUUAAGACUUGGUUUAUGCAAGACACGGUGUCAUCUCUUGAGUUGUUCUAGUCUUGCCUGUUGCACAAUUGCUUCUCUUUACCCGCAACCCCACCGUAUAGUCCCCGCACUGCGUGACAAUCGCCCCCGCCAGAGUUUCAACCGGUCGCUUCUCUCCCCGCGUCUCUGUCGAGGCCCGCAGCGGUCGACCGAAAGCCGGCGCGCCACGGGGCUCUCUUGCACACGAAUCAACCGCGUCAGUGAGCGCUAGGGACACUGGUUCGCACCGGGACUCGAUCACCUCAAGAGCGUGCUCGGGUGUACAGCCGAAGCCGGGACUCGCCAGCGUCGUCGACCGUGCGCCGCCGUGUCAUGUGAUCCUGCCCCUCUCCUGCAGUCGUCAGCAGCACCAGGCGUGACACCGCCGCUCGCUCGACGAAAGCAGCAGCAGCGUGACCACGACGCAGGAGGAAGCGCAGGAAGACGGCGGCGAGGACGACGGAGGCGGCCUGACCGACGACCAGCGAACAACUCGCGAGAGCGCCAUGCCGCAGACCGGGGUCGCCUGAGGGUCCUUCCCGCAGGGCCCACGCCACGGACUAGGUGCGCACAGCGCCUCCCUCGAGCAAGCCGAACGUUCCGACCCGCGCAGCCGACGGAAUUCGAAAACCGGUCCACGAAGCAAAACGCCGCGUCCAUCCUCUUUCUGAGCAGCGCGACGCGCAUCCAAGAGGAAGAGGAACAAGUCUCGCAAGGCCUCGAGUCCCAUCCUUAGUUCCCUUGGUGCGAAGAAGAACCGUGAAGCCGAGCAGGGCUCCCUCCGGAGUCGAGCCGCACACAAGCGCACCCGCCUGGUCGGAGCCACUCGGAAAGGAAAAAAAAAGCUACGCACGGCAAACACACACACGCACACCUCCCUUCGUCUUUCGAAAACCCUCCCCUUCUCGACUCUUUAUCGCUUUGUUUCGGGGGCACGCACUGCUAGCCCCCAUCGCCGUUCUUGAAAAAAAAGUGCACCUUCUCGCUGUCCCCCUACAGGAAGUGAUCGGCGAGGGCCUCGUCAUCGCCGACCGCUUUCUCUUCUGAAUCCCCGUCUUUUUCACACCUCACCGUUUUCUCGAAGAAUCCGAGUUCUCACUGGCUUUCGUGCUUGCGACAGAGCAGAGUCAUCCCCCUCGCACUCGCAAGAAGAGAGAAGCCCAAGCUGAGCCGCAGAUGUUUACGUCCAGCCCGGUCGCUGAAGGUGUCUUGACCGCCAAAUCCUGCAAACCGCACGCAGAGCGCAUUCUCUAUCUGAGCAGCCAGUGACGCGCUCCCUAGGAAAAAAAAGCGCAGCCGCACGCGAGGGACCUUUCAACUUGAGCACGCGUCUCCGGAAGAUUUUUCUUGCACAGCGAAAGUUUCACACGCAGGCUGACGGUAUUUUUGAGAUGAGACAAGCGAUGGCGUUCAGUUGCUGGUCCUUCGUUCUCUUCGUGGCCGUCGCUGUCACCAGUGCCGGUCGGGAUAAUGGUCCAGCCCCCCUGCAGCCGGGACAAACGCAACGUGGACAAAACAUCACGCAGAUUCUGAAUGCCUUCUUUACACGUGGGUACGACAAGAGGGUGAGGCCAAAUUAUGGCGGCGUUCCAGUGGAAGUUGGCGUCACUAUGCAGAUUAUCAGCAUAAGUACAGUCUCUGAAGUACAAAUGGACUUUACUUCUGACUUCUAUUUCCGGCAAUCGUGGCGGGACGAGCGACUCUCGUUCCAGAAAAGCCCAGACCUCGAGAGCAUGACUGUGGGCGCUGAAGUGGCCGAGAAGAUCUGGGUACCCGACACCUUCUUCGCCAACGAGAAGAGCGCCUACUUUCAUGCGGCCACGACGCCCAACACUUUCCUCCGCAUCGGCUCCGGAGGAGAGGUUUUCCGCAGUAUUCGACUGACGGUGACUGCCAGCUGCCCAAUGGAUCUCAGAUACUUCCCGAUGGACAGACAAGCGUGCACUAUAGAGAUAGAAAGUUUUGGUUAUACCAUGAAAGACAUCCGCUACCGGUGGUCGGACGGUGACACGUCCGUCCGCAUCGCCAAGGAGGUAGAGUUGCCGCAGUUCAAGGUCCUCGGUCACGUCCAAAAAGCCAAAGAGGUUGCCCUAACGACAGGAAACUACUCCCGGCUGGUUUGCGAAAUACGGUUCGUCCGUUCCAUGGGUUAUUACCUGAUCCAGAUCUACAUCCCCGCCAGUUUGAUCGUGGUUAUUUCGUGGGUCUCCUUUUGGCUCCACCGUAACGCUACACCAGCUCGCGUCUCCCUGGGCGUGACCACAGUGCUCACCAUGACCACACUCAUGUCCAGUACCAACGCAGCACUGCCUAAAAUCUCGUACGUGAAGAGUAUCGACAUCUACCUGGGGACUUGUUUCGUAAUGGUGUUUGCCUCACUCCUGGAGUACGCCACGGUAGGAUAUCUGGGCAAGAGAAUCGCCAUGAGGAAAGCCCGCUGCCAACAGCUGGCUAAGCUGGCCGAAGAGCACAGACAGAAGCGAGCUAACGCCGCUUCAGCGGGCGAGGCCGGCUCAGAGCCCUUGCUAGCCAGUCCUGAAGUGCCGGUAGUCAAGACGGUCGGUUCCUGUCAAGUUUGUCCUGCUGCGGUGGCAUCCCAAGGACAACCGAGGGAAGCACCACCAACCGGAUUUACCAUGGGUCGCAGAGGCGCAGACCAAUGUUGCCCUGGUCUCCAGGGUUCAUGUCAGGUCUGCCCCGCUGCGGUCGCCUCACAAACCCAACAACAGGCUCCUCCACCAGGGAUACCUAUGGAAGUACGUCUCAAAAUGGUUGACCCCAAAGGAUUCAGCAAAUCCUCGACUCUGGAGAACACCGUCAACGGCGCGCCGGACAUCGAGGCAGCGUUUUGCAAGAACCCCAACAAAUUAUUUGGCGUCAGCCCUUCCGAUAUCGACAAGUACUCCCGAGUGGUGUUCCCCGUUUGCUUCGUCUGUUUCAACCUCAUGUACUGGAUCAUUUACCUGCACAUCAGCGACGUUCUGCCGGACGACGUCGGCGACGACUAGUGCGCGCCUCGCCCGCUGCACGGCGCUGCCGUCGGCGGUGAUCAUGCGCGUGCGCGCGCACGGUUCUCCUCAUCCGAGAGAGAAAAUAGGUCGCCGCUCGUCCUGCUCCUCCCCUCUUCUGCGAAGUGUGGGAGAAGUGGCAGCAGCAGCAAACAUGGCCCCCCGGAUCACCAACCAGCCGCGAAACGUCGCAGUAUAUGAAGCUAAAAACAGCACCAAAACGGUUAACAAAAUUCGGCCACCACCCCACCCGUGUGGCGAUUCCGAAGGCUUCGGGCCCCCGGGGAGCCCAGCCAGCGCGGCAGAGGCGCAGGCCCAGCGCGUCUCUCUCUGUCUUGAGUAGUGCAGCCUCACUUUCUUUUGCACGUGACGUCACUCUCGCCGGUGGGCGUCAUAGACGUCGUCUGUUUUCUCGACGACGUACUCUGACUCGCGCUGUGACGAGCGCGCUCGACUGUGCUUUGAGGGGUCUCUCGCGCCUAGAAGCUACUUUGGUGGACGAAAAAAAAAAUGAAAGAAAAGAGAAAGAAAAAAAAAAGCUUUACGCACCCGGAAGGUUAGGCGUAUUAUACAGUACGCUGUGUUUGAAGCCCAGACAUCAAUCAUUAUUGCCCAUGAGCUUAUAGCGACUUACUCGCUCGUCGACGACGAUGCUUCGAGUAAGAGCGCCAGCCACAAUCCAACUUUAGGUUCUGAGUGAAUAUUGCCCCCCAAUGUCGAAACAUAUAAUUCGGCACUGGGCGCCACGUAUUGUCAGGGUGAUGACCGUAACAUUGUCCGUCCACGAGAGUUGCGUCACGGCGGCUACGCGCAGCGGUGCUCGUGCGCCUAAGCGGCGCUGGCUGGGCCCACCAAAAUCGCCUUUGUUUGAGUGUUCUCUCUUUUAGUUCACUGCGUGCACUGCCUUAUCCUCGGCUUCCGCGUGGUGUCUGCACGACUUCGAGGUGCGCUUUGCCAAUGCUGGCUCUACGGCCAAAGCACCGUUGUCGAGAGUAUAGCCGGGAAAGGCAGACACGUGUCGUACUCCGCUUACUACUUUUCGUUUCUUAUUUUUUUAUCGCAUCUGCUUUACAAUUGGGGAGUUUGUUUUCUUCGAAACCGAGGAACAGAAAAAAAGGGAAAGACAGACAGAAGAAAAGUACACUCAUGAGUCGAAUCCUAAAUAAGCGACCGCAUAGCAAUAGCGAUCGCAUUACUCGCUGCACGCGAGCAGACUAUUGUCCCCGAAACGAAACACGCAACAGGAAAAAAUGAACCAGAAAACUAAAAAAAAAAGAAAUCAAGACGGACUGCUACACGCUGAUUGGUUAACAAUGGCCAGAAUUGGAGGGAGAGUCCGAAUUCCCGUGUACGAUGUGAUUCCGUGUUCACGUUUCGAGCGUGAAGCCGCGCGUCAACACUGCACUGGAAUGAAGCAGAGGACUGUUCCAUGACGUCGUGUGUCCGCGAAGCGCGAAUGACAACGCUUGUUCAUGGUCCAAUAUCUUGAAAGAAUCGAACGAUACUUAAGGGGCAAUAGUGAAUGACUAGCUUGCGCAAUUUUUAUGGGGUCGUUGAAACCUUGCCCACAGAAAGCAAACGGCAGCAGAGAACGAAGAACAGUCAUGGCUAGAAUGUAUAGAGAGAAGACAUCCUUCUCUCAUUACUCGUGAAGAAUAUCACAUACUGCAUGGCCGGAAGUCCCUAAACUACACCGUGUCUGUUGCACUACCUGAACGUUCUUCUCUGUUGACAUCGUCAGCUGCAAGGCAGUUCCUUGUGCUGAGGUUGUUACCACGGCGUCCAUCUCUAGCUCUCUCUUUUGAUUUACUCGCGUAUGUAACUUGCUGCGCCUCCUCCUCAUCCCCCUCACCCACCGCACGUGUUACUAUACCGCAGGCAUCCCACGUACUUUUCAUCUCGUUACCCCUUCUUCAUCAUUGUUGUAAAGUAAUGUCGUAGUCAAUGCUUUCACGCCACUGUUCGGAACCCAUCACGGGUAAUAAAAAAAAAGGAAGGCGAUCUUGCAGAAAAGACGGCUUCGUGCGUUCAGAAAAAAAAAUAAUAAACAUUAUAUGCUAUACGCGAUUCUACAUCGAGUGUGUAUAUUCUUGUGCGUCGGUUGUGAACCCCCUCGUUCCUUGUGUCCUUUUUGAGCAGGUGUAUAAUUCAUUAAGAAAAACGCGCCAUCAUUUGUCGUCCCUUCUCGAAUGAAGCGGUUCUCGUUUAAUUCGUGUCCGACGUUGAUCCCUCUUUAGUUUCAGGAUGGCAUGAGUGAAGAAAAGAUAUGUGCCAGCGAAGCGUAUGGUGGUGCGUGAGCAUAGAAGCUAUGGUGUGGAGCGCUGUACCAGACCACUCUGAGUCGUGCAGGUAACGUAAUGUGGCGCUCUCCUUGGCACUAUUGGCCGCGAUUCGAGACGAUCUUUGGGAUUGCUCAUCACACUUGCGUUAUAUUCUCUCUCCCCGUGCGCUUCUGAGUGCUAUUCUGGUCAGUGCCAAGGUCUGCCAUAUAAUGCAAAACUCCCCAUUUUUUUCAGCUCUGAUUGGCUGGCGGAGCACUUGCGCCCUGUCUAAUUGGCUUAAAAUGCAAACCCGAUUCAAUUCCACAUGUCAAAAAAUUUGAAUAGCACCCUCUACCGAAACCUUUCGAUAUGACUAAAGAGAAAUCACUUGUACAACUCCAAAAAAAAUUAAAAUAAACAUUGAAGUGUAACGGAAAGAAAAGAAAAGAAUGAGAAUUUGUGGUUAGCGACUGCGCAAGAAACGCGUCCCUAGAAAUUCAGGCGAUAAACACGAAAGCAGGAUGACAGAGGUGGCGCUCAGUCUGUCGUCGGCUUUUCUACGGCCUCGUUUUUUUUUCGUUUUUUUUUUUCUUUACUGUCAUCACCAACCGUGAACACGAACCACCUCGCCCAAAUUUCGGUUCUCCUCACUGACUUUGCGACGCGAAGUCCAGGAAGCGCCCCCUCCCGGCUGUCACUGCGUAUCGUCGCACCUCCGCGCGGGUCGUAGGAGUAGAUGCCGUCCUUUUAGCGAGAGAGCACGUCUCUCUCUCUCGUGUAGUGGUGUUUUACACAAGAAUGAUGCCUCACUGACGGGCCAUUUGCGUACUCAAUGUGACCUGUUCGACUGAGCCGGCUUCGCUGUUUCGGGAAACCGCCCCUCACCCGAGGCGGGUACCGCGCGUGGCUGCGGCGCGUUCGUUGCUUGUUGCGAAAGCCGGCCGACGCACAUUCUCGUGCUGCCGCCGCUCGGAGCUGUACCCUCGGUGAUAAUCGUCGAUGUCGUGUUUGUGGUGGAAGUUAAAUGGCACAUGACACCCUGUUUGUCGCUGCGUGAGCGCUAUAGUCCGUUACCUUACUUUGGGUCAAUGCGAUGCUCUUUUGUACAGGUCCGUCGAUAGUGUGCCUGCACCAGGAAACACAAGGAACCGGUUAAUAACCUCUAGUUCCUACUUUUUCGUUUAUCUUUUUACAAGGCGCAAUAUAUAUAUACACGUAUCCGCGGAGAGACUUUCCAAAACUCUAGUGACUUCAUCUUGCAUCCUGCGCGCUGCAGGAAGAGAGUUUUGUUAGUUGCGCAUGGGGAUUUCAGCCUGCAAUUGGUGCUGAUAAUGCUGGGUUUAUUAUAUACCAUAGAAGGACGGUGCGGUGUUGGCUUGGCAGGUAAAGGCAAAUAUAAGCUCAGCUUUAGAAUAUUUAUUCCUGCAAAAAGAAUUAAAUGUUUAACUGGGCACCAAGGUCGUCGAAAGUCCUCGUUGAAUUUCUGCACGCUAGUUUCCGCAGAUGAGAACUUUUAAGCACUCUAUGUUCGAGGAAAAGAAAUUAGUCAUCUUGUACAUAAAACAUCGCAGAAACGUCACAGUGCUGAGUAGGAGUUUAAGGUGUUUGUAUACGACUACGUUCGGCUCCUCUUGCAGCGAAUUACAGCAGGCAACAUCUCUCUGGCCAACUGUCUCGUUAGUCAGCCUAGAUACGUGAAUUUCUUUUCUACUUCUCCAAUACUGCACUCCUUGUUGCAAACUAGAGUUUUACGGACACGUUUCCACCUUUAGCAAUCGCAGGUAAUUCUGGACAGAGGCUAAUGAUAUCCCAGUAAUAGUUAUUUUAUUCAAAUGCAAGCAGUUGGUCUGAAAGCAAUCUACAUUGAGAAUAAAUGUUUAGAUUUUGCUAGCGGGAAGCUAAGACAUUCACUCGCAUGCUUAGAAGCAUACUAAACCCGGGUUCCGGAUGAGAAAUAAAACUAAGGCAACGGCUGGAUCGUGUUUGAAGGAAUCCGUACCGUCGUAUACAGUAACACUUUACUAAAGACUGUCGUUCUUCAUGCUGUCUAAACGUCACCUUGGAUUCGCACAAACUGAAAAACACUUCUAUCUGCAAGCUGAUCGGUCUAAACGUAUAGUACAUGUUAUCGUUGCAACGAUAUUAUACGAAACCUGCUUUCCAACGAAUUCUCUUGCCCUUGGUUUUCCCUUCAACGGAUUUUUGACCGCUCGGAACGUUCGCUGUAGCGAGAUUUAUCUCUUGGUGUUUGCCGGCUCGCGCGGUGUCCCUGUCCAUAUAUAAAUGAUCCAAGGUCGUGUAUAACGUCUGUCCUCCGCCCGUACCAGGAGUAACUGGAAGCUGUGCUGUUUCGAGCACUCGUAUGGAGGUCGCCUCGGUGUCACCGGGUUCGCUUUGUCAUGAGUGCGAGUCUCUCUCCCCCAUUGUUAGGCGUGUGAGUGUGCGAAUGACUGAUAAAUUUCUGUGUACGUCUUGUUCAUGAAAUGAUGGUUUCUGAUGACAGUGUCAUGUUGUAACUUCAGAGGAGACAAAGAAAAAAAAAGUAAACACAGCGCGUCAGCCUACGACGGCGUGUGUGAAUAUCCCUAUAGUGCGAUCCCUCGGUAGAUGUGCUUUCUUGAGUGAUCUUAUAUUUUUGUUUUUUCAUUGAGAAAGUUUGAUAACGCGUGCUUUCGGUUGCUGCUCUCUUAUCAUGGCCAAUUUGGUACUUCACUGAAUGCCCGGAACUGUGCAAACUAUUAUAAAGCUUCGCUCCCGCACAGUACUAGAUUUCCUGGAGAUUUACCCGGCUCAAUUGAUGCAAAGAAUCCGAGUCGUGUUCUCAAUACUCGUGUUAAUAUUAAAAUCACAAUGAAUUGUCUCUCCAUUUAAUACGCUUUGUCGAAAACUUGGCGAAACCAUCUAAACAAAAAUGUUCGUUAGUGAGCCCAGAUCCUUGCAUCGACCACGACAGAUUUUUUAUUCGCUGAACAAAAUGCUUGUGGGUUGGACCCGAGAAAGCGAAACAGUAACCUAUUUUUAGGCAGAUGAAUUUAAUGCAUCUAAUAUCUACAUUAACUCUGGCAGGCAUCGAGUGACGCAGUGAAUUCACGUGUGUUGAAACUUGUGCAUACCUUGCUUUAUUCGUAUCUCCACUAAUCACAACUAUCAGCUUUCGAGACCAGGUAUGCACGUGACCGAUUCGUGCAGGGGCUCACAUUUCUACGCUUUCUUUUCUUUUUUUCUUUUUUUAGACAAGUCAAUACAUGCAACGUUGUAUUAAAAAAAUAGCGGCAAAACAAUUCACCGUGCUUUUUUUUCUUUCAUUUCAUGUUUGUAUUUUCAUCUUAAAGCGAAGGCCAGCAAUACUCGUUUGGUUGGACAGGGUGGUGCAUCAAACCGAAUCGACCAGCUAGUAAGGUGUAAGAGCAGCCUGUGUAACGAAACAAAUAAAGUUGUUUCACAUUGAGUUCUUUCCAUCUUAUGUUUCCUUAAAGGCGAACUCUUCUCCACGGGCCAGACUAUUGUUGCUUAUUAAACUCUGGCGCCCUUUUAUGAACUCCAAUGUAAUAGAUAUAGAUAUCCUCUGAUAUGCCAGCGCAAUGUACCUGAAUUAUUUUUCGCGAAUGUUUACGUAGACACGAGUAUCUGUUAAACGUGUGCAUGCCAACUACGCUCUCUCUCGCUUACCCCGGCCGGGAAACUCUUUCCGCUCCACCUUUCUCGCUCUUUCUUUCUUUUUGUCUCCGUAAAAGAAAUCACAAACGGAAGUAAGUACCCAUCACCCCUCCCCCCCAAAAAAAAUAAUAUGACGACUGAGAGAAAUGGGAAGACUCAGAAGCCGCGACAAAGAGGUGGUAGUGCGGAACUCCCGGAUACCAACGUGCACAGACACGGCCGCAAAAGCAAGCGUUGAAGCAGCGAGUUGUACACUGCAUCAACAGCUGACUCUCUGGGACUGAGGCCAUGCAAUGUAUGGUGGAUCAGGAGUGAAGUCGCGUCUCUUACACCUUUGCCACCACCAGCUAACGGGGGCACUGGUUCAUUGCUCAAACGACCAAGAAACGCCAGCGACGUCAACGUUUCCAUCUCAUAUAUUCCCGCACAACCUAAUUCGACAUAAGGUGAGUUAGCCGUGUUAUUACGUGGCUUCGAGGCAUCGCUGGAGUACGUUCCGGCAAAUGAAGUCUAUUGAAUUUCUAGGGGAAAACCCGAAACGCACUUUCCGUGAACAAGCGUUGCCAUUUGAGCAUGCCUGCGCUGAACGACGUCAUGGGUAGUCUGCAAACAACAAAACACUUCCGCUGUACUGGCCUUGGCGAAAGCGUGUCUCUUCUUCCCUCGAGUUCGGGUAUGCGACCACCAUCACGCAAAGAAACAAAUAAAAAAAAACGCGAAAACGACGAACGUGUGCUUACGUCUCUACUGAGCUCCCCCAAAACAUUUGCGAUUACAUUAAUCUUUUUUCUUUCUUUUCAAACGCGUGUUGCGUUAUACAGGAACGUCACGUGGGUGGUUGUCGAUGAUGACGACGGAUUUCCUUCCCAACGCGUACAGGGCCGAGUUUUCGAAUGCCGCACCGAGAGCUUCCGUUCGAAUUUCGUCGACUUAGUUGGCGACGGAACGUCGCACUUGCUAUGCUAUACCGAGUGCCACAUUUCGGGGCACGCUCCUUUCGCUCGGUGGUCUUGCGUUUUCAGAGUUGUCAUCUUCUUUUUGGUUGUUGUUUUUUCUCUUCUUCUUCUUUGGAUCGAGGCGCUGCGGGCAGUGACGCAAAAAAAAAAAAAAAAAACUCGAGUCGCGACAUCGCGAAACGCAUUGCGCCGCACCCACAUCACCCCCCCACCGCCCCUUGCACAUUUAUGUGCGUAACAGGCGCGUUACCGCGUCGAGCACUCCUGCCUCUGUAACGGCAGGUUGUGGAAUCAAAGAAGCGCCCAGCUGUAGGAGUUUCGCUCCGGCAAAUUCACACGGAGUGCGUCUGCAGGUCUGGAGGCUGUGUCCUUCGGGUCGCCAACCUGCGACCUCGCCGAUAGGUUUUGGUCUCGGGUAUCUGUCGCGCGCUCCUGCUUAUGUAAACCUGUAGCAGGUCUCCCGCCAUUUUUAGGAGCGUCCCCGCGUCAGGUCCUCGCGCAUCAAUCCCUGGCGCGUCGCGCUGAGCGAGGCGUCGUACGUUGCCGCGGUGUGCGCGUUCGGGUGGACGCCGCGGUAGAGUAGAACCCUCGAUCAGCUUCACGCAUACGCGUGUGAUCUCGCUGGGCUGUCGUACACCGCCUCGAGUCUUGCAGACCUUUUCUUUUCUUUUUGCUCCCCCGAACUAUUUACCCCCCCGCGUAGCUCAGUUCAGGCCAGCCAGCAGUACAGUAUGCGUAACGCAGUUUUACCGACGUUUUCAGAGAGUCAAUCCCGUCGCCUCACUCGGAGGCGCCACCAUCUGAGGCAAGACAAGUACCCACAGAGAAACAGAGAGGAUAUAAAUAUAUUAUAUAUAUAUAUACAUACAUAAACACACAGAUAAGCAGGGAGAGACAUACACACGCAACACAGCGGAAACAGCCGAUUCUCUCUAAUUCCCAUUUUAUGUACAUAAGUGCUUACAAACUUCGUGUAUAUAAUCACAAACAUUACUGUGUUAGGCCUAGUGCUCCUUUUUAUAAGUGCAUGACAAAGUGCAUGGCGAAUUCUCUCUAGGCAUGACGGCCACACGGGGCGCAAGAGACAUCCGAUGUACAUAGAGAUUCCACUACACACCGAUGUGCAUGAGACGCACUCUUUAGAACCUCUCCCGCCGUUGUGUCCUUGCGUCUUCCAGCGAGCCCGGUCCAAACUUUCCAAAGCCGGGCGGCGCUGCCCCCUGGCGUCGUCGCCCGGCCAGCCGCACCACCAGAGGGCGCCCUCCCCACGUCCGGCGCCACGCUGUCGGGAGGUGCGCCUCAGUCCCCUAAACCGGCGCCUCUUCCUUCUUAGCUUUCUAUUAUAGUCUUUCUUUUUUAAAAAAAAAGAAGCAUCUUUUAUCCGAAACGCAGAGAGCAUUGCUUAGAACGGCUGACCACGGCCCCAUAGACGCUUAGCGCUCCCUGUCUUGUGCCGAGUCGCGUGCUUGCGCGGUCUAGCCGCCCUGUAGAAAUACGACGCCACACGCGGACGUGGUUCGUCGUGAUGUGAGAUAAUCUCGAAGCCAGCGAGCUUCCCGCCACCUCACACCCGUCGCUCGCAGCUUUCUGUCUCGUGUAUGUGCUUGUGUCGCGGACCCCCCCUCGACCUCCGCCUCGUCUCUCCCCGUCGGCACACCCGUCCCAAACUCUUUUUCUCUCUCUCUCGCGUGCACUUAGACACCCUUUCUUCCCGAAUAUCGUGACCGUGAGUGGCGCCCCCUACGUGGGGCGGCGCUCUCCGCGACAGAAGUAUUUGCUCAGAUUUGUGCCCCGUCUAGUCGCACCGGUUGCUUCGCUGGUUCCAUCUGUAUUCUGACUCGUACAAACAGAGGAGGAGAAAGGAUGAAGAGGGAAACAAUGAUGGAGGGAGAGACGGAGAAUUGGAGAGAGAGAAAGAGCACAAUUUGCUGCGCAGUUCUGCACUUGAGUAAUCGAGUAGAGAAACUCGUCCUCCCGUUAGCGCUUUGUAACCACGGUGGAGCUGCUGCAGUUACGUUCCACAUAGUGAACUUAGCCAUGCCGCGUCUUUGACGACGUACUGUUCACCCAACAGCAGCCCUAUGACGAGUGUGUGUCUUUCAUUGGGGUGCAACGUUGUUUUUUUGUUUGUUUUUGUUCUCGUCUUGUGUAGCAUUGCGCUCCCUUCCGUCGUAGGAAGCGGAGCGGCCUGGAAAACAUGUUUCUCUACAAGACUGUUGCGCAGCCAAAGCCGUUUCCUGUUCCGUGGUGAAUUGUUACGCGCAGUGUAUACGUUCCGGUUCACUCUGUUUCCUCCUCUUUCAGUGGCUCUUCUGUCUUCUCUGUUAUACACGAGCCGAGGUGAGGACAAUGUCCCCGUUUGUCUGAGAGCUUUUCUUCAGUGUUAUGAUGGCGUGACUGUUGGCCGAAUACCAUGUACGUAGGAUUUGAAUAGUAGACAAGAGUGUUUCUUGGGUGCUUCCGGCUUUAAAACAGGUUUUCGGAAUGCGGGACACGUGUCUGUGUUAUGCUGUCACGUUUUGUUGUUUGACGCAUAUUUGCUGUCAUCGGAGCCUAUUUGCUCUUCUUGUCACACUGAGUUAUUUUUUUCUGUGCUAUACGUGAAAUGCUCGUGACGUUCUUUCAUUGCCGAAGUGUCUCAGUUUGUUAGUCUGUAUCGUCAUCUUCACUUUCAACUUAUAAAACACAAGCCACUCACAGAAAUGGUGCUGCAGUUGUAAAAGCUCGAGUUCAUUCAGAACAGCGGGGAAGUGAAAUUUUCUCCCCAUAUAUGCUGUUAAUGUGCGCUCAGGCCUUCUACUACUUCUUCAACGAUAUGAUUGCGCUCGUUGGUUCAUUUUUGUCGUAGCUAUCUUAUUUACGGUUCACGAAUACUUCUUGAUGGCAAUAAGACCUUUGUUUAUUAUAAAGUACUUAAGAAGUUUCGGGGUGUUUCUAUCGGGGUUUCCCCUCGCACCUAAUGUUCACCUUACCAAUGAACUCUUGCGCCGUUCUCACUGUUUAAUGGUAUACUUCCGCACACAGCACUGGCUACCGUUUUUGCUAUUACGUUCCACGUCUUUGUCGUGUCAAAAGCUCGAACUCGUUGAAUUCUGUCGCUAUGAUCUCAGCACGCACUUCAGUGAGUCUUAUCUCUCUCUCCCUCUGGCUUUAGAGUAACUCUUUGCGAAAAUCAGUUGACACAUACGAGAACCAUUUGAAAAGAGAAACAAAUCAUAUAACCUAGUCUUUUUAGCACUGUUACCCACAGCACAAGAUAAUGUGUCGGUGCUUGAUUAGCGUGUUUCUUGAGCGUCGUUACUCACGCCUCUACUCUUUAGGAGAGCGAGACGUCAGUGCAGGCAUUUAAAGGCUACGUUUCCUCCAGUUGUUGCCAAUCGAACAAAAAAAAUGUAUCGCGCCAUGUCAGCAAUGGACGAUUGUUCGUUGACCGCUUAUUCCAAGCCGGUCCAGUGUUGAGAUGAGAUGCUGCGUUUGACUGCAGGCCUGAAAAACUCGGGCGCACACAGGCUGUCUCCUCCGCCAGCGUAGGCAUAGGUGAGUGCAUAUAGCAGGACGUUCUUUGUUAAUGCAUACUUUAAGAGCCAACUAGGGCAUUGGGCGUCGUCAGCAAGUUUUUGAAGGCAAUGUGAAUAGACAGAGAUUGCCAUUGCCGGCUCGCAAAACAAAUGCCGCGUCGGGGUUUUUUUCCCACCUGCAGUCAAGAAGAUCCCGGAAGGAAACAAUAUGCGAGUGAAGUCGAAGUUGAGAACCUAAUAAGCGUCGUUUAUUGACAUGUUAGGCUGUUCAUUUCAUCCAACGUUUAGCAGGUUACUGGAAUAGCACUGUUCGGACUUGCAUCUGCUUCUUUUUUUUUUUCCUUUUAUCUUGUACUUGUGUUUACGGGCUCAAGCAUUGUGAUCAUUUCACGUUCUGUUUGAAAGCACUACAUAGCCCAGGUAUUUUGGUGUUCAGUCUUCUGAUAUACACGAAGUUGCCGCACUACUACUUAGGAAGAAAAAAAAAGAAGCCUAUCUUUCUUGCGGCUCUUCACUGGACUUCUUUGUCACGCGUACAAUGGCUCAAGUUUCUUACCACUUAGGGAAAUACACCUUUGUUCAACUAAGCUGUUUUAGGCGAAUAUGUUUGAUACGAGAGUGCUGAAAUAAAACGCUGAUUACACGACUGACCGUGCUGACGCCUGAUUACUUCUAUUUUUCAUUAUACCGUGAUUGUCGGUUUCUGGUUGAACGCUUCUUUUUUUUUUAGAUUUGACUGCUAAGAGUGAGCAUGACUGCUUGUGAAAUCAGAGAUAUAACCUGUAUAAAUUUAAAAGGUUGCUCUGUUCUGUCUGGUAUUCUGUAGAAUUUCUUGCCGUUUAAAUCUUAUCAUAGGCUUCACGAAAAAAAGAUAAUGAUUUUUUUCACUCAUUCGUUGUGAUAAGGUCGGCCUACGAUUCUGUACGAAGCAGCAUUGGUAAGUUGUUGACCUAGAAAAGAUAACGUGAAAAAUUACGGCUCACCAUGUUAUUCUUGUAAGUACAGUUCCCAGCUGAGGAACGCGAUGGUAUCUUUCUUUUUCACCCUUUUCUUUCAUUUUGUCUAGUUAGGCAGCUGCGAGCUCUUUACGUAGAUCAGGAUGUCAAUAUCUGAGACGUGUUGAAGUGCUUGAUGACGCGGUUACGGUAGUAUGACAUGUUAUUCAUUCUUACUUGUGCAGCUAUUUUACCUGGAGCCGUAUUUGAUAGCACUUCAUUUUUUAUUUCUACAUUAUUUUCACCCGUGUUUGUUGGCCUGCACGAUGUCGCGCUACCAUUAUCACCAAUUUAGGCAAUUCAACGCCACGGGUGACAAGAAAUGACCAGAAAUGAAGUGGGUUUUUACAAAAUACGGCCCUGGCCCCUGUGUGCUCCACAAGAUUGCCUUUCUGCGAUGUGUAUUCAUCUCAUGUAGAAGUUAUGCAAUUAUUACAAAAUAAAGCAAAACAAACCGA